UUCAGUCUACCAAAUUGAGUUUGCUGUAAGGUUUUGCCCGUUUGUGACCAAAUUUUAAUCUUUAUCUAUUGGUAGCUUAAUCUAUUAGACUUAGUUAUUUUAAACGUUUUCCUCGAUGGAGGGUUUCGAGUAUGUGGUCAAUCCGCCUGUGUGGCCGACGGUCGGUUUCCUAAGGAAAAUCCACAGGGACUCGAGCGGAGAGUUCUGUCGAGCCAGCUACACCACGAAGAUUCCUCCAGUUGCUCCCAAUGCCUAUGACGUUGAUAGACCAAUGGGAUUUAAGUAUCCAUCGAAAGCUGGAUUUUCAGCCUUGGCCAACAAGAUGCCACGCCUACCGCCUUACCGAGAACUGGGGUAUCCGCCCAUUGGAUCCUACGCCACAGACUUUCCAGGAACUCAGUACUUCUUCACGUUCAACAAGCAGAUUGUCCGUGAGCAAAAAUGGGUGACACCUGGGCCCUCCACCUACACGCACCAUCUCAAAUAUCCGGAAUGGGAUGUGGAGACGGCUUUUGGCUGCAAGCGGAUCAUCUGGCCAGCGGUGGCGGUGUUCUGCAGUCCCCAAAACAAAGUCAAGUGUUCGGUGUGCGGCGAGAAGCCGGUGGGCGACUACUUCCACAACUUCAGCAGCGAUGCGGACAUGUGCCGGGUGUGCAUGCACGUUGAGACGGCUGCGAUCAAGAAGUGCAACCUGCAGGUCACGGAGCGGUACAGCAGGCAGCAAAAGAUCAAGCAGUUCGUGCCCGCCCGCUACUGUGGAUUUUUCCACAACCACGACGGCACUACGGCCACCAUUGAGCGGGAAUCGCGCAAGGUGCUGCGCCAAAAGAUUCGCGUGGAAAAUUACCUCUAUCGCCUGAACGCGAAGAUAGAGUAGUCCCUAAAAAAAUUCUGUGAAUAUAUUAUUUUUUGAUGGCCACGGCAAUCGAUUUUAAUCGUAUAUCCUAUCCGGAUUAACGGAACUUCCCGUAUAAUAUCUUCAUAAUGUUACAGUAAUCAGUCUUUUAUUUUAAAAAUAAAGUUUCCUUUAGUCCUUAAAAA